UAUGCUUUUUGUUCUCUUUCGUGAUAUGGUAUCAGAGCUAUAAGCUGCGUAUAUGGCAUGGACAGGAGCAACAGUCAGAUCAUCGGCGAUUCCAACGGUGGUCACCUCUCCAAUCAGCACAAGUGCAGCGAACGAAACUCGUACUAUUUUCGAUCCAAACGACACCGCGAGUCCGUUCUCUCUACAUCCAAAUGAGAAUCCAUCUCUAAUCUUAGUCUCUACUGUUCUUAAUGGUAGAAAAUAUCAUCUAUGGGCUAGAGCAAUGGAUAUGUCACUACUUUCGAAGAAAAAAUUAGGGUUCGUUGAUGGUACGAUUGAGGUACCGAGCAUAGAUGACGUGAAAUUUCCAUAUUGGAAAAGAUGCAACAACAUGGUUUCUACAUGGAUUACGCGGUCAGUAUCACCAGAAAUCGCUCAAACAAUCCUCUGGCUCGGCACGGCAGCGAGGAUUUGGAGUACGCUGAAAGCUAAGUUCAGCGAAUCAGACAUCUUUAAGAUUUCUGAUCUGCACGUAGAAAUUCAUCAAAUCAGACAGGGUGAUUUGAGUGUAAGUGCUUACUUUGCCAAAUUACAGGUUCUAUGGGAUGAAUUACAAGUUAUUAGGCCACUACCUACCUGUAAAUGUGCUAAUAAGUGUAGUUGUGGGUUGUUGGACACCUUGCAAAACCAUCUGGAAUGUGAUAAUCUGUCUGUAUUCUUGAGGGGCCUUAAUGACAGUUAUGGUUCUGUUCAAUCUCAAAUUGUGAUGAUGAAGCCCCUCCCUACUGAUGAUGAAGCCUUCAUGAUGGUUCAACAACAAGAACGAAGGAUUAAUGGUGGGAUUGUAGGCCUACAGUUACCACAUUUGGCAUAAAAUCUAGGAGCUGGGAGUGUAUUUUUGGCACAGACCAAUGGGAACAACUAAAGACCUAAGAAGUUCUACUCUAAUGGAAACAAGAAACCAAUCUGUACCUAUUGUGGCUACACUCGACACACUGUGGAAAAGUGUUACAAGAAACAUGGGUAUCCACCCGGAUGGAAACCAAGGACCAAGAAUGGUGGGACAAUCAACCAAGUGCAGCUCAAUACCACUCAGAUGACUACUGAGAAUGCAGUUUCUUUGACUCAAGAUGAAUAUUAGUUGUUCAAGCAACUAUUGCACAGGGAUAUUGCUACACAAAGCUCACCUUUGGAUGUGACUGGGGAGUAACACCUCAAGCUAAUCUCAUUGCUGCCAACUUUGCUCCCAACUCACAGCUUGAAGGAUCAGAACCUUGGGAUGAAGAUUGGUAUGGCUAGCUUGAAGAAUGGCUUAUAUCAGUUAGUGAAGCCUGAUUUUUUGUAUCUUUUUGACAAA